UCAGUUUGGGGCCACUGUCAAAAUAUUUCGUUCUGAUAAUGGCGGGAAAUACAUAGAUUCUGGGUUAGGACAAUAUUUCUCUACUCAUGGCAUUAUCCAUCAGACCUCUUGCACAAAUACCCCUCAACAAAAUGGGAUGGCCGAACGCAAGAAUCGGCAUCUUCUUGACAUGGCUCGGUGCAUGUGUUUUUUUAUGAAUGUGCCUCGGCCCUAUUGGGCCGACGCUGUUCUCACCGCUGCCCAUCUUAUUAAUCAUCUCCCUACCCAGGUCUUGGACAAACAGGCUCCGCUUCACGUCCUCCUCGGUUCUCCGUCCUUGUUUUCUAUUCCUCCCAAAAUAUUUGGUUGUCUGUUUUGUCCAUAAUCACUCUCCCUCUCGUGGUAAGUUGGACCCUCGCUCCCUCAAAUGUGUUUUCCUUGGUUACUCUCCUACUCAAAAGGGGUAUAAAUGUUACCACCCUUCUUCUCGUAAGUGGUUUGUGUCCAUGGAUGUACCUUUCUUUGAGUCCCAGUCCUAUUUCUUGUCCUCUCCGGUGUCACCGUCCUCAUUUCCGGGGGAGCCUUGGUGUGAAGUGAGUCCUGUGCCUCCUAUGGUGGAACCAGUUCCUGUGCCUCCUAUGGUGGAACCAGUUGUUCUUGCACCCCCCUAUUCUACUGGGACUAUCGAACCCACUGUCACCAAGAAUAAAGACGGGCAUGUUUAUGUUCGGGACAUAGAUAGAAAACCAGUUAACUGGAUACACGGGACCGUUUCUGCUACUCCACUGCCAUCUCCUGCUUCUGAUGAGAGUCUGGGUAACUUUGAAUCUCUUGAGUCCAUUGAUCUUGAUGUUCCUAUUGCCAAGAGGAAGGGUGUGAGAUCUUGUACUCAACAUCCUAUCUCACAGCUUGUAUCAUACUCUCAUUUGCCAUCCUCAUAUAGAACAUUUGUGUCCAAUAUUUCCUCUGUUAGCAUUCCUAACCAUUUUCAGGAUGCUCUUGCUACCUCUGAGUGGAAACUAGCCACGAUUGAGGAAAUGAAAGCACUUAGGAAGAAUGGCACUUGGGAAUUAACUGAGUUACCUACGGGCAAACGACCUGUGGGCUGUAAAUGGGUAUAUACUGUGAAACACAAAGCAGAUGGGUCUAUUGAGCGUUACAAGGCAAGACUUGUGGCAAAAGGGUUUACUCAGACAUAUGGCAUUGAUUAUCAGGAGACCUUCGCACCCGUGGCUAAGAUGAAUUCAGUCAGAGUACUUCUCUCUCUAGCAGCUAAUCUAGAUUGGCCGCUUUAUCAGUUUGAUGUCAAGAAUGCUUUUCUCCAUGGUGACCUCGAAGAAGAAGUAUAUAUGGACAUUCCUCCGGGUUUUGAGGAUCAUCAAACAGAAGGGAAAGUAUGCAAACUUCGGAAGUCAUUAUAUGGUCUCAAACAGUCUCCAAGAGCUUGGUUCAAGAGAUUCACUCAAGCUAUGUUUAAAUAUGGCUUCAAACAGAGUCAGGCAGAUCACACCUUGUUUGUGAAAUAUUCCUCACAUGGUAAGACUAUAGCACUUAUUGUUUAUGUAGAUGACAUAGUUCUUACAGGCAAUGAUAGUGGGAAAAUUCCUCUGUUAAUGAAAUAUUUAGCUAAAGAGUUUGAAAUCAAAGACUUGGGAAGCUUGAAGUAUUUUCUGGGAAUUGAAAUUCACUUUGAUGCUGUCAUGAGAAUCUUGAGGUAUUUGAAGUCUGCUCCUGGUAAGGGUCUGUAUUUUUCAAAUGCGCUCUCACAACCUGAUGAUGAUGACCCUUUGCGUAGUCAAUGGAUUUCUAAGAAUGCUUUGGUUACGACUUGGCUGAUUAAGUCCAUGCAACCUACCAUUAGUCGGACUUUUCUUUUAUUGGAUACCACCGCUUAUAAGAUUUGGACUGCUGCAGCACAGAUAUACUCACAACAAGGUAAUGAUGCACAGGCAUAUGAGUUGAGGAAGAAGAUUCAAGGUUUGGAUCAGAAGAACAGAUUGCUCGCGAUGUACUAUGUUGAGUUGAGUAACUUGUGGCAAGAACUCGAUUAUUACCAGAGUUUCCAGGCUAUUUGUUCCAAGGAUGCCACUUUAUUUCAGCAAACCGUGGAGAAUGAGCGUGUGUAUAACUUCCUUGCUGGUCUUAAUUUGCAGUAUGAUCAGAUUCAUGUUCAAGUAGGGAUCAUGGGGUUAGUGGAGGCUGCUCUCAUAGAUGCUUAUCUUGACCACGCUGGGAUGCUGCUCAUCACAAGUGUUCUUUACAGCAAUGAUGUCAAGGUGAGGAAGGAUGAUUUUUUCUUCUUCCACACGGGAAGAAUGAGGAAACAAUUUGUGGAGUUGCGCCAAGAGUUGGUGGAAACUGAGGAGCUUCGUUGUUCAGAGUUUGAGAGAAGAUUAUGUGAUGAUAUCCGGGGGAGGAUUGUCGGGGCUUGGCAAAGAAAUUAUCAUGCACUUGUUAAAGCAGCGGCUUAUGUGGAGAUUGCAGUCUUAGUCAUGGAACAGAGUGGGGAGGAAGCUAUUUCAGUGACUCUUGCAGCUCGGGGUCAUGGGUUGUGUUUCUUUGUCUCUCUACUGCUCAUGAUGUUUGGGAUGCGGUUUCCCAAACCUAUUUUGUGGGCAAGGAUGCUUCACAGAUGUAUGAACUCCGAUGUCGGUCUGAUGAGACACGCCAGAAUGGAAUUGGACUACCUUCGUUUGAGUGCAAUGAAGUGUGCCACAGAUGCUGCCACCCAAAAAAAGAAGAUUGAGAAGGAUCGUUUAUAUGAUUUUUUGGCUGGUCUUAAUCCUAGUUUGGACCAGGUUUGGAGUCAAGUCUUGGCUCAAGAUCCUCUUCCCAGUGUCCGUAAUGCUUUUGCUUUUGUACGUUGUGAAGAGCUUCGUCAGACUACUAAAAAAUCUGACUCUCUCUAA